GCAGCUACGUCAUACUAGACGCUGCGAAGUCUGGAAAGCAGAGACGGCGUCUGUCGGCAUCUUCUUUUGGCAAGCAGGCUUUCGAGAAACACGGGAAAAGAAUGAAGACUUUGGCGCUUUUCUUCAUUUUGAUGACGGCACUAAGUGUGACACAUGGCAAAAGAAGAUUCAAUGUCGCCAAGAAAAGCCAAUACCUAAUGAAGACAUGGAUUAUCUACUACUUCGACAGGCAGCUGGAUAGGUUCCUGAAACGGACAGCUGGGAAGUUUAAACUGACCCCCGACCAACUGAAGGUUCUUCGAUAUACAAACAGACUGCAUAUGGUGCGCAACUGCAAUUUCUACCGGAAAUUUGCUACUAUUUAUCUAAGGCGCAGGAAACGUCUACUAAGUGGAAGGAACUACGGAACUAUGGGUCGAUACAUUGGUCUCCACGUGCGCAUGGGUUGGAGGUACUACCGGAUGAUUGCCAAGAAGAAGAUCCCCAAGUUGACUAAAUCCAUGGAAAAGACUCUCGCCAAAAACCCUGGGAACAUAAUUUGCUAGACUUGCUGCCGAAUGAUGAGAUAGCAAAUGCAGUACCUGACAGUGUCGCCAUUACAUCGAGGAACCAUUAUGUCAGCGGCAGACUUCACGUUCCUGGAGGAACCGUUAUGUCAGUGGCAGACUUCACAACGCCAAAAUGAUGUAUUUAUUAGAAAUAAAAUGAAUAAUUGUU